AUGCCGGAUCUGGAGGUCGAUCUCGUGGACCAGUUUAUAUGUCCGCCUUGCGUCGAGAAGAACCCACACCUCACACUCCAAACGACCUACAAACCCCGCUGCCACUUCGGCCUCACGUCAAAAGACCCGGAUUCGCCUUCGUCGUGCCAUAAGCCAGCCCGGGGCGCGCUAUCGAAGUACUGCUCGGACGAGUGCGGGAUUAAGUGCAUGCAGAUGAGGAUACAGAAGUGGGCGGCUUCGGGCGUGGGCGGUGGUGCUGGUGCUGGUGCUGGUGGGGGGAAGGACAAGAACGGUGCGACGGCGACGGCGACGGGGAGGAAGGAGUUGGAGAGGCUUUGGGAGAGUGUGAAGGGGGUGGAGAGGAGGGAGGGGGUCGUUGUUGAGAUUGUUGGUCCUGGUUCUGGUCCUAGUGGUGUUAAAGAGGAGAAGAUGGACGUGGACGAACCACAUUCAAGCAAUCUCGUGAAUGGGACGAAUCCCCCUUACAUUCCCAACGGUCAUCUCUCCUCAUCCUCUACAACCGCCACUCCCGCUUCUGCUUCUCAACCCACCAAACCCCAACCGAAAUGGAACCCAAAAGCGAAAUCGGACCGCGAGCUCGCCCGGCUCCAUCCCCUGCUCGACAAGAUCCUCCUCCAGCGCGAACAGCUCACGAAACGGAUGGACGUCGUCGGAUGGCGGGAACGGUUGACGGAGCAGGCCGUGCAGCGCUCCGAAGCAGCGGGGUUCGACGAGUGUGGGUGGGAUCAGAGGAUGUGUCUUGAUGAUGAGGAGGUGAAGGAGUAUGGGGCGGGGGUGUUGGAGAGUUAUGAGGAGGAGGGGCAGAGGGAGGGGGGUGAGGGUGCGACUGGGAAUGGGAAUGGGACGCCGAGAGAGGGGGAGGGAGGGGAGGAAGGAGGUGUGGUUUAUGGGGAGUGGUGGUGUCGGGGGAAGAAGAAGUGUGACCGACAUGCGGGAUGGCAAAAGCUCCGGAUGGCAGAAGUCCAGUUCGAAAAGGAGAUGAUGGAGCAGGCCGUCGUCAAGCUCACUACCCGCGAACGCGAACUCCGAAAGCGGAUAGAGGAUAUACUCGAUCCUGCAGCCGCUGCUCGGACACGACUCGCUGCUGCUUCCGCCGCCGCCACCGCCAAUACUUCUGUGUCAGCCACAGCUCCCUCAGCCUCGACUUACACUCCCCUCGACGGGACGCUCAAGGAUGCCUCGGCCCACAGUAACAAUAUUCAUAAUGCGGUCAAUGGCUCCGGGGCGAAUGUAAAUGCUGCUAGUGGGCAGAAGGCGCGCGGGGAUGGUGUUAAUGGGAACGGGAAGGGUAGUAAGAAAAGGAAACCGAAUGGGGAGGGGACGAAGAAGGGGAAGAAGAGGAAGGCGGGGGAAUAG